GGUGAGUGGGCCCUAGACCCGAACCUACAUCGAACCUACAGCGGUACAGUAGAGGAAGUCACUCCUGUGUCAAACCAGGUCUGAGGCAUCACAUACAUGUAUAUAUAAUCAGCUGGCUUUAAAAACUUUGCACGGCCACUUGUUUGUGUCUAGCACAUUGCACCGGCAACUCUCCAGGAUUCAACGCCAAAGAUGUGCUUUUCUCCUGCCAGGCAUCUCUCCACGAUGUUGUGUUAAAACGCAAAUGUUUUAAGACGGGAGAAUGGAUUACUUGUAGUUAGGGGAGCGCAGAGACUGGAUUUAAGAGUUGUCUAGUCUGGAUGAGGUCAUGAGAUCGGAUCCCCAGACGCGGGCUGACCCAGAGUACGAGGAAGAGGAGGAGGAGGAGAUCCUUGGGUCUGAUGAUGACGAGCAGGAGGACCCUGCUGACUACACAAAGGGGGGCUACCAUCCUGUGAAGAUCGGUGACCUUUUCAAUGGGAAGUACCAUGUUGUCCGCAAGCUUGGAUGGGGCCACUUUUCCACAGUGUGGCUCUGCUGGGAUAUGGCAGAGAAGCGGUUUGUUGCCCUGAAGGUAGUGAAGAGUGCACAGCACUACACAGAGACUGCAGUAGACGAGAUCAAGCUGUUGAGAUGUGUGAGAGAAAGUGAUGAGGCUGAUUCUUUCCGAGAGAGGACUGUGCAGCUUUUGGACGACUUCAAAAUAUCUGGUGUUAAUGGCACACAUGUUUGUAUGGUGUUUGAGGUGCUGGGACACAAUUUACUAAAGUUGAUUAUAAGAUCAAAUUAUCAAGGAAUUCCAUUAAGUAAUGUAAAGAAAAUUAUAAAACAGGUACUCCAAGGCCUCCAUUACCUCCAUUCUAAAUGCAAUAUAAUCCACACGGACAUCAAACCGGAGAAUGUUCUCAUGUGCGUGGAUGAGACGUACAUCAGAAAACUUGCUGCGGAUGCCUUCGAGUGGCAGAAAAUGGGUGCGAAACUACCAGGGUCUGCAGUGAGUACAGCACCAAAGGAAAAACCACUGGAUCCUGCAAAAAUGUCCAAAAACAAAAAGAAAAAAAUGAAAAAGAAACAGAAGAAGCAACAACUACUGCUGGAUGAGCAGAUGAAACAGAUAGAGGAGUUUGAGAAGGAUAAAGAGCAGAACGAGUAUAUGUCCCAGAGUGAGAGUACCCAGAGUCUACCCCAGCAAGAGGGCAUGGACCAGUCCGAGGGUACAGACACGUGUAACACCUUAAACAGCGACUCAUCCCCCACGGAGAACAGUCUGGCCAACUACGAGGACCAAGAAAACUCUGAGAACAACAAAAACGACCUGAACAUUAUUGAAAUAGAAAACAACAAUGCAGAUAACAGGGCAGAAAAGGAGAAAACCAAGACAGAGAAAAUAAACGAGGAAAAUACACAGCAAAGUGAAGGCGAAAAAAGUCCGCCAUUAACGAACAAAAACUAUGUAGAACCCACAAUCAUCAAUGAUGGUGGCGGCACCACAACGAUCAUUGUGCAAAAUGUGGCUCCAGAACAGGUGCCUGUACCCCCGAUAUGUAACGGGCAUGAAUCUCAGGGGCGACAGGAAGGGGACGGAGACUCUGUAAACAAAAACAUUAUGUCUCCGGAGGCUACACAGCAGGUCUCGUCAAUGAACAUUUCUGAAAGUGAGGCUAUAUCAAAUAAAACAGAAGUGGAGAGCACAGACAGCACACCUUGUGCUAUGGAGGAGAGCAAUAACGGCGAGUCCAGUCCAGAGUCCAAAGGUCGCGAUCGCAGCCUUGACGACGAUUCUAGCCAAGCUAACAGCAACCACACCGAUGAUUCCUCAGCACGCAAACUAAGCGGUGUGGUCGACCCGGUGAGGGAAAUUUGUGAUAUACCUGUGAAGAUAGCGGACUUAGGAAAUGCCUGCUGGAUACAUCACCACUUCACAGAGGACAUCCAGACGAGACAGUACCGCUGUCUGGAGGUCCUGAUCGGGGCCGGCUAUGGCGCACCAGCCGACCUCUGGAGCACUGCUUGUAUGGCUUUUGAGCUGGCGACCGGUGAUUAUCUGUUUGAGCCUCACUCCGGUGAGGACUACUCACGAGACGAGGACCACCUUGCACACGUCAUAGAACUUAUCGGCCCCAUUCCACGCCAUAUAGCCCUGUCUGGCAAAUAUUCCCGCGAGUUCUUUAACAGAAAAGGAGAGUUACGACACAUCGUGAAGCUGAAGCCAUGGGGCCUUUACGAAGUGCUGACAGAAAAAUAUGAAUGGGAACCGUCGCAGGCCCAGCAUUUCUCCGACUUUCUAAUGCCUAUGCUUAGAUUUGACCCCGAGAAGCGUGCCACAGCGUUCGAAAGUCUAGAACAUCCCUGGUUGACCGAUGCGUCUUAGCCAUACCUGGUGACCUGAGGAGUCCUAGCUAUCCCUGUCUGUUAAUCAAUUCAUGCUUGUGCUAAAGUAAGCAGAUCUAUCCCCAGAGCUACACGUAUCAGAGAAAUACCAAAGUUAGUUGACUUGCCUUUGUACAAGACGAGGAAGCAAGAUUCAUCAGAUUGAUGAUUUCUUUGUUAUGGUGGUUGGACUACAAGUGUCUAACUUCCUUCUCUGGACAAGGAGGCAAACUCAAGAAUCCUAGGUUUUGUUCAUCAUCCAUUCUCAUUGAAAUCGGAGGAUUUUUUUAUUAGUUAGCCAGACACUUCAGUAAGGUUCAUGUGCCGUGGGGCAACAUCAGUCGUCUUGUCAACUUUUUUGUGAAUCUCUUGGCAUAUCUUAAUAUCUAUAGAUGAAAUAUGUGAAAAUGGUAGAAGUGCUCCAUUUUGGGCCACAAGUAUAAUGGUUGAAUUUGAGAAUAAGAGUCCACCUUUUUAAUUAUCAAGAAGUCAAUUUUGGGACCGAUCGAAGUGUGUUAGUGUGUAUAUUUACUAAGAAUAGAAUCAGUUAUUACCAGAUGAGCAUUGUAGACUCUACGGGUGUCCUGGUUAUUUUUUACACAAUUAAUAUGAAGAUAAAAUUGUACAAUGUCACAUAUUAUGUACAAGUAUGAGGAGUACUUGAUGAUUACAAGUUAUUUAUAUUAUGUAAAACAAAGGUGAUCUGCCAUAGACGCUAGUAUUUACAAAGGUCGUAUUUAUUUGGUAGUUAUAACAGUCAAUCUGCCGUUCCCUCAUUCCUAUCCCAUUGUUAAUCACUGAAGACGUAUGUCAAGUUGUCACCUUUAUCACUUGUAAAUAAACUCGUUAAUAACCCUGUACAGAUGUAACAAUCGUCACGGACCCUGUGAAAGGACAAACGCAGAUGUUUAUCUAAGCAAGAAUUUUUUUAAGGAGUAGAAAAUGUAUUGAAAACCUACUAAUAUUGGCGCUUACCCGGUAAAUAUUGGAGCACCCCCAUGUUAGAUAUAGUCAUCAGUAGCAUGUUGAUAGGAUCUGAAAGCAGAGUGUAUAUAAUAGAUAUAGUUAACAGUAAUAUUUAGGGUCAGUGGAGCGAUGUUCACCGCUGCACAUAAGUUCUCAUCGUAAAUUUCUGUCAUAGCCAAGUGGACCUCAGUUGGGGUAUAGCCUUAUCCCUAAACAUUUCUCUGAUCUGCAAGCUCUCUUGGCUUCUUUUUAAAACUAUGCUUAAUAACAAAAAAAUAACUUUUGGGAUGAAAUGGAGAAGAAUAUUUUGAUCAGUUACUUCUGAAAUUUAUGAUGGAUGAAUGCAAUGUCGAGUAAUAUAUGGUUGACAAGCAGUUUGAUGGAAUGGACGGAAAAAGAAAUACAUCAGAUGAGGGUUCCACCGGCAAUAUCGGCACUGUGAUCAGAUGAGGGUUCCACCGGCAAUAUCGGCACUAUGAUCAGAUGAGGGUUCCACUGGCAAUAUCGGCACUGUGAUCAGGAAUUAAUUCCUCCAAGAGUGCUUUAAAUGAAUUUAGUUACAGAAAUAUUGAGUUUGAUAGUAAAUAUUAAACAUACAGUAUUCUGUAUUGUUUGUAAAAAGGAUGAUACAUGUAUAAAUAUGUAUAGUGAAGAGCUUAGAGCUCAAACUUCUGUAUCAAGUAGUCAAAUGUCCAGCACUCGGACAUAGGCAGAAGUCAUUCUACACUACCAGGGGUUAAUCCCAAGGGAGAAGUCAUUGAGGUGGUAAAAGAGGCCACUGGACUCAUUCCCGAAUUCAAAAAAAGUAAUACAUUGUAAUUUUGUUUCCAUUUUAUUUUUGGACUAAUUUGCUUAUAAAUGAGACCAAAUCAACAAAGGUGACAUUUAUUUUGUACAAGAAUGCAGUUAUGAAAUAAUUAAAAGCAAACAUUAACAACAAGGUUAAUUCAGCAUUGAGCAUGUUUGUUAGGACCAGAGUCUUAAGGUUAUGAGAAAUCAAAUUUCUCGGAGAGAAAAAAGUGGGUUUAUGUAUUAAAAUUUCAUAUUCAUGAGUCAUGGAAUCAGCUACACAACUUUUGGUAUUUUAAGUUAAAAAUUCAUGAAAUGAAAGAUUAGAAUGUUUUUGGCACUACAGGUCUUGGUAUUUUGGAUGAUUAAGUUGAGUCGAUAGCUAGUUCUGUAUGCUUCUAUGUUCUAUUUUCUUGAAAAGGAUUUUGAAAGGAAAAAAACUUUUUAGCAGAGUUUUGAAAUAUAAUAGAAUUAAAGAAGAUAAAUAGAUCACCAUUUAGACAUUGUUUACAUAAUUUCUGUUUUCUGUAGCAUUUAAUAUUUUUGCAGCGUUUGAAUUCUUUUAAAGAAUUGUUUUAGUAGAAAAAAGUAUCAGUAGCAUCAUGUUACAUUUCACGAUGUAUAAUUGUCCCCACCCCCUUGCGCAUUUGUUUUACCCUAGAUUUUGACACGCCCCCUUUGUUGUUGUUUUGUAUACAUGAUGUUGUGAUGACUCAUGUUUAACCAAAGGGGCCAUUAUAGGGGUAAUCACCCCCAGAGUCAGUGGGUGGGACUGGCAAGUGAUUGACAUUUGUAGCUGACAAUACUAGCCAUUUGUUGUACAUAUAUGUAUGCAAUGCAAGAUACUGAAAAUCGCUUAUGGUUUGUUGUGGAUUAAUUUUCGUACAAUUGCAAGUACCAGAUAGCCUUGUACCUUUAUACACGUGAUGUUAAAUCUGUCUAAUCAGCUAUCAUAAUGUUAUCACAGAUUAUAAACAACUAUAGGGAAUAAGAAUUCUGACCAUGGUUCAUACAGGCUGUGAAAAGUGCUGAAAUUGAGGUUGGUGCUUGAAAAGUACUAGAAAAUAAGUGACUGGUGUUCUGGAAAAAUGAUAGAAAUGGCUUACUGGUAAUAUUUUAUUAAAAGUGCUCCAAUAGUAAUACUUAGAAAAAAAUAUUGUAAAAAAAUAUUAUUUUAAAUCCAGUUUAACUUGUUUUAUUUUUGUCCUAUGUACAGAUUUCUGAACAUUCAAAACAAGAUGUUUGUUUUUUUGGUGAAAAUAAUCUGGAUCAGAAAAAAUUGCAAGAAAGUGCUUGAAAAGUGUUUAAAUUUCGUCCCGGGGGGGAAGGCUGUAUGAACCAAGUGGAGGCUAAUAGCAGCACAAAACCUAAGUGAUUUACGGUAUUAAAAGAUUGGUGUAUAAAGUUUUGUGUAUAUCUUGAUAAUCAAAUGGAUUCUGGUCUCAGUAGUAUAUUAGUUUUAUUACCGUGAAUAGUUAAACUGGGUGGAAACAGCUAAUGUUGGUUUGGUUUCCGCUUAAUUCUUUUUGAUUUUACAAUGUUUCAAAUCAACCUGUGACAGUGAAAUGUUCAACACAUAAUUGUAUUAUGAAAAUCGUUGAAAACUAAUAUUAAACCUCCUUCGUCAUUCUGAAUUUGCUCUUAUUUUUCAGAAAUAAUAAAAUCAGGAACACAAAUGAAACCUGGGUAACAAUUUGGCUUUUAACAACAUCUCUGAGUUGAUGAUAAGGACCAGGGUGUGUUGUGUAGUACCUCAGUCAUGGGUUGAUAGAAUAUAUUGUGAUGGGUCCCUAGUCUGCCUCACGAUGGUACAGACGGAACCAAUCCUACAGCUGCUGAUUCUGAUAGUUUUAUGGAAGGAUGACAGGGAGAGAGCAAAUGAUUUUGUCUGAUUUUCUUAGCUUUUUCUUUUUUGGAGUUGGUUGAUUUGGUUUGUGUAGCGCAUUGAAGUAGUUCUAAGGGAGACAGCACACAGCGAAGGAAGGAAAAAACAAAAUAAAUGUUCACCAUGACAAGUAACGUGUUUUGUUUGUGGUUUAAUGUGUGUAUAGGAUCUGAUACAUCCUAUGAUUGUCCAGAUGUUGCAUUCCAACAUGUGCCGCCCCCGAGAUACAGCUGAUUUUUACACCAUUAACUAGCCUGCUAGUUGUGUGUUUUAUAAAUUGUAGGGCUAGCAAUGCUGUUUUGAGAUGCAUAUGAUUGUAUUAUGCACAUUGGUUUACUGUGAAAUAAAAUCUGUAUAUGAAAAUGCUGUAUACCGGGAAAUCUUUGCCCUUCUUGCCCGACAUUAAAUUCGCCCUUCACAUUUAAUUACUAUGAAUAUUAAGUUGUAAACAGGUGUUUGCUGUAAUGAUUAAUUUGCCGUUAUUAUGGAGGGCGAAAAAGGCGAACAACUACAAUGUAACAAACAUUUCCCAAUAUACAGUAGAACUUUCUAAAGGAGGGUUUCUGAUUUUCAAUAUGCUGAUUUUUGAAGAUUACACUUUAUGGCAGGUACACAGUAGGUGUAUUAGCAUGAUUAACAGACUAAAGGAAAAUCAGAACAUUAAGAGAAGGGAUUUUAUUCCCAAAACAAUCAAAUGUAAAAUUGGGAACAAAGGACUUGGCUCUCUGCUGUAUAUGUCGGACUAGACUGGACUGAUGUAUUGUUAGUACUAAACAGGACAUGUAUAUUUAGUACAGACCCCAAACUGGACAGAUUUCCUUUCCAAACUGGUCAUCCUAGACAACUCUGUAUUUAUCUUGUCAGAGCAAUGUUUUUUGUGAACUUAAAAAAAAUAUUGAACUGAAUAAGGGCAACAGGUUGGUUAAUUUUGUUGAUACUGCCACAGUUAUAAAUUUACUGGUGAAUUCCUCAUUUUCAUUCAAUAUUGACUAAUAAUUUGUACGAUUCACAAUUACACAUCAGUUGAAACAAUUCAAAACGUGAUUUCUUUAUGCCAUAAGAAAUGGUUUAUCCUUUAUUCUCGUCAUUAGGUAACAUUCUCGCAGGUCAUACCGAACAGGCAUUUCAGGCUGUUUUAAGGUAUGUUUAAGAGAGGUUCAUGUAAAGGAGAGGAUUGGAGAUCGUGUGUAAUAUACAAAGUGACAAAAGGUACGCCAACAGAGCCCCAUUAUCUAUUGCAAACUUCAAAAUCUAACGUGUCAACAUCACAUUGGGUCAACAUCCGACCAGACAAUCUCGUUCAAAAUCUUCUUCAUUUGUCACCCUGUGUGUAAAAUUACAAGCUGCAGUUUUCGUCUUCAAAAUUCAGUAGAUCAUCAGAUUUUGUGGUGAUGGGCCAACUGGAUACAAAUACAUGUACCUGUGGUGCAUAAUUUGAUACGACCAAGAGAAAUGGACAUUUUUGUGCAUUUAUCACAUAGAUAAUUUUGCAUUUAUCAAUAGCAUUUUACAGUCUAUUCUAGCUAACCUGUCUGCCUUGAACAAUUGGGUUUGACUUGUACAAACUUUUUGGAAAAUUGUAUACAAAGAGAAGGAAAUUUAGACAAAAUUCACUUUAAAUUGAAAAUUUCUUGAAAUAGUUGGCGAAAAAUGGAUUGGUUACAAAUACAUGUAUAUACUGGGAGAUAGGUUGGUUGUAUUAAAAUCAUAGCCGAUAUAAGAUGAUUUCUUCAAUCGUAUAUAUCAGUGACUUAUCUAGUAGUUGGAUUACAGUACAAUAUGUAUUUACUGCAGUAGAUGGACCUGUUUUUUGUGGAGACAGCAGUUUUCUAUAGUACAUGUACUGCUGAGAUAGGCGACACCACAACUGAUAUUGAAUUUCAACAAAUUGUACAUAUAUACCACCACCAGCCCAAUGCUUAAGUACAUGUAUAUAGCAGUCAUAAUUUAGAACGUGGGCUGGAUGCUGAAUUAUCAUAUUUAUUGUAUAGUCAUAACAAUUAAUUAUGAUUGACAUGCCAUGGUGACAUGAUUUAAUUAUGUAAGUGUAUCGUUUCCUUGGUAUCGAUAUUGUUUGGUCUUUUCAAACACUGGUACAGUUAUAACGGUAGGUUGCGACAUGCAGUUAUUUUUAUUGUUUUAUGUCUUAGACAGUAGAGGUAUGGACAUUGAUAUGGCACAAACUAGCUACACAGAUCUGACUGUAGUCAAGCCAAGGAAUUAAGACCGAAUCUUUAUAUUGAGUUUACUAAGAAAUAUGAACUGAAAAUGGAAUAAAAGUGCAGAUAAGCAUUA